AUGGAUCAUACGGAAAUUCCGGUGAUUGAAACCGAUGAACCGUUAUUCGAUGUUCUUCCUAAGCUGUUCAACUUCAUUAGCAUGGCCGUGGGUGAUAUGGCUUACACGUUUGAGCAAAUGCUGUACGGAUCCCAAGGACACCGUCUCAGACAAUUGGUCCAUGCUUUAGCAGAUGAUACUCACAAUCCCUUCAUCAUUGUAGCGCUGAUGAUUCUGAAAUGGGACUUCACCACUGCCACCGAGGAUGACUGGGGCCUCAAUGAGAGCCGUGGUGCAGCCUGCGAGUUUGUUGCCUGGCAAUUCCUGUGUCACCUGAACCAGCGCGAGACAAUUGAGUUUCUGUUAGAAGAGCUACCAACACCGCGGCGCGGUUCGGCAAAUAUCAUUGAACCCGAAGCAGGCAAUACUGGCCUGGCAUCUAUCCAAGGUGAUACAGGCCAAACUGAAAGUGAGGCCACUCCUCUCUUGCCAAGCUCUUCUUUUUAUCGUCUUUUUGGCAAGAGGACCACGGAGACUCAGUUAUCUGGAAUCUCACAAGAUACACAACGGCAUGAGGAAAUCUAUGCCGCCGAGAGAUACUCCCAAUUUUUUGGCUUGAAUGCACUGGAGAUUGCAACGAUUGCCCAUGCAAAGAGGUUUCUGAGUCAACGAGUUGUUCAAAAGGUGGUCGAUGGUAUUUGGAAGGGUGAAAUAGUUUUCUGGGAUUCCCUGACAGUGAAUUCAACCAAGAAACCUCAUAUUUUUAACACAAGAACGUCUGAUCCAUACUCACGCCUGAGAGUACCUCUGUACCGGAAAAUGUUUGAAGCAGCAUUCUUCAUGUCCUUCCUUUUUCUCUACUACGCAGUCCUAGUGGAAAGGAGACAAGAGGCAGUGGGCAUUUUCGAAGCGGUGAUGUAUGUGUGGAUCGUCGCUUUUGCAUACGAUGAAUUGAGUGGAAUCAUUGAUGCCGGAGUCGUUUUCUAUCAAAUGGAUUUCUGGAGUCUUUGGAACCUGAGCAUAAUUGGAGUUGGAAUGGCAUUCGUCAUAACGAGGAUCAUCGGGCUAGCGAAGGGCAACAACCCCAUUAUUGAGCUCUCAUUCGACAUCCUAUCUCUAGAGGCUCUAUUUCUUGUACCGAGGAUCUGCUCACUUGUGAGCUUGAAUUCAUACUUCGGCAGUCUAAUACCAGUAUUGAAAGAGAUGACGAAAGCAUUCUUCAAGUUUUUCCCAGUGGUGGUAGUACUGUAUGUUGGGUUCUUGACCACCUUUACUAUGCUUGCGCGUGACCGCUUGUCGCUCAGCACUAUGUCACAUUUGUUAGUGAAAGUGUUCUUUGGAUCGAGUGUUCUUGGACUAGACACCGCGUCUGAAAUCUCCCCCAUCUUCGGCUAUGGCUUGAUGCUUACUUUCGCCCUCAUGACCAAUACUCUCAUUCUCUCAUCCUUGAUUAGUUUGAUGAGCAUGAGCCUUGAAGGGGUGAUGCGGCAUGCUCGAGAAGAAUACCUUUUCCAAUUGGCGAUCUAUGUCCUGGAAAGCAGCAAUUCUCGACGACUGACAUACUUCAUGCCACCCCUGAAUCUUAUUCCCCUCUUCUGUAUCCGCCCCAUGCGGCUUUUUCUCUCUGCCGGAACCGUUCGCCGUGUACGAAUUGUCUUGCUUCGAGCCACUCAUCUCCCGUUUGUUGCAUUGAUAUGGGCGUACGAGUCGAAAUGGCUAAAUUCCAAACGACAGAACAGCCUGCUUCCUCCAAUGUCGACACGCCCAGGAGCUUCUGAAAACCCGACUGGUCCCCGGUGCCAGGACCCACACCACCCCUCCGUAGUUGAAACAAAUCGCCUAGGCCCUGGAAAGGCACCCAGUGUGGAUCAACAAGCCGUGCGUGAGCUAGACAUGGGGCAGUUCGGGCAAGUACCGCAGCUUGCGGACUUGAUCGACACGAUAGAACGACUACGAACCCAAGUGGAGGCCAUUGCCCAGCAAAAGUGA